AUUUAUUAUAUCUUCCCGGGAGAAUUAAUAUUGCAACCCAAAGUGCGACUGCGUCAACUUCCCUUUUUAUAUAGCGGAAAGCGAUCCCUUUAAGCAGCCAGUUUCCGGUGUUGGUCAUUCAGUCCAAGAUGGCGGACCUCCUGGGCUCGAUCUUGAGCUCGAUGGAAAAACCUCCCACCGUCGGCGAUCAGGAGAGCCGGCGGAAAGCCCGAGAGCAGGCUGCCAGAAUGAGGAAGAUGCAGGAGGAAGAGAAGAAGAAGAAAGCGGAGUUCAGGAAAAGGAUGGAGAAGGAGGUGUCAGAUUUUAUCCAGGACAGUGGCAUGCAGAAGAGGAAGUAUGAUCCCAUGGGCAAGAUUGAGAGGAGCAUUCUGCAUGAUGUUGCUGAAGUUGCGGGGUUAACAUCAUUCUCAUUUGGCGAAGAUGAAGAGAGCAGAUACGUCAUGAUCUUUAAGAAGGAGUUUGCUCCAUCAGAUGAGGAGCUGGAGGCAUAUCGUAAGGGGGAGGAGUGGGACCCACAGAAAGCGGAGGAGAGACGGAGACUGAGGGAGCAAGCAGCACUGGACGAGCAGACAGCUGGUCAGAAAGAGACCCGGGCAGCCUCCCCAAGCUCAAACUACCGCGACAAAUACAGCCACCUCAUUGGCACCUCGGCUGCUAAGGAUGCAGCCCACACUCUGCAGGCCAAUCGGGCGUAUGGCUGUGUACCCGUCGCCAACAAGAGGGACACCCGCUCCAUCGAGGAGGCCAUGAAUGAGAUCCGAGCAAAGAAACGGCUGAAGAAGGGAGAGGAGGAGCCUGGAGCGGGAGGCACCAGCAGCUCAUGAGCCGGGUGUCUGUGUGUUUGUGUGUGAGCGUGUACACGUGUGAAGGUGUGUGUGUGCGUAUGAGAGAGACUGAGAGGUCACGCUGGAGGACAAACGAGCAGGGGGAUUAUUUUAGACUUUUUAUCCCUAUACCGUAUUAAUAUAUCUGGUCUGUGUCAGGGUCUGCAUUUAGUAGAGGUGGUUCAGUAAGACUACGCAAACAUGAAACACACUGCUGUAAAAUGGAAAGACUGCGUUCACUCCCCUGUUGUCACAGUAACGCACGACCCUGCCCUUGUCCAAGAGGCCUGUGUCCUCUGUGGUAUGUCUCAGUCUUUUCACUCUUGAGUUCAGAGCUCACAUCUUUCACAGGACAAGUUUCUGUUCUUUUUUCCCUACUCAUUCAUCUUACCCUCAGAUGAGCUAAACC